CAAGCCAAUAAAACAAGUGCAUAAUAAGCUGCCCCCUGGCUGACUUGAACAGCCGAAAUGCCGAAUCGAACUGAUCGAUCAAUGUUAUCUAUCCCAAGGAUGGAUGCAUCUUCUGUUGACGCCCCUAGAACUAGAACUAGAAGUCUAGAACUAGAUCCACGCCUGCGAUGUCGACGGACACGUGGGUUCGUGGGCAUUUCGGGUCCUCGUCGCAUGGUCUCCUCGAGCGAUCGACGCUUCCAAGGAAGGCCCAAACAAGAACAGUGUUGUUGUUGAUGAUCGCGAGAAAGCAUCGGCCACCCGGCCGAAUCUGCGGCGCCGCCGCCGGCAGAUCACGCUCGCCACGACGCAGCCAAGGAGAAAAACUAACGCACGCUAGAACCUGACAAAACGGGAGAGCCCACUAUAUAAAAAACACGGCCGCGCUCCAUGGAGCCACCUCCCCUCUUCUUCCUCGCAGCUCCCACCCAGCCUCCUCCUACUCUCUACUACCUUCCCUGUCGUCGUCCUCAAGAUAGCGUCGUGCUUCGUCCAUUGAUUUGAAGCAAAGCUAUUAGCUAGCUGCUGCUGCGAUGUCGGCCGGCCGCGGCGCAUCCCAUCAGCAGCAGCCAUCUUGCACCACGGUGCCGCUGGGCAAGUCGGUGCGCCGCGCGCUCCGGGCGGCGAUCGGCAUGCAGAAGAAGCCCAAGGACAAGCCCAAGGUGAAGCCGAAGAAGCCCGACCCGGCGGCCGCGGGCAUCAGCGGCAGCUCCACGGAGCUGAUGAGCUCCUUCUCCAAGGAGGAGGCGGCGGCGAGGAAGGAGUCGGUGGUGCGGGUGGUGCUGUCGAGCGGCGUGGUGGAGGUGUACCCGGGGGUGGUGCUGGCGUGCACCGUCAUCCAGAAGCACCCGCCGGGGCUCUGCCUGGCGCACCCCGACGUGUUCCGCAACCCGCACGGCGCGGUGCUCCGCCCGCUCGAGCCGCUCUUCCCCGGCCAGAAGUUCCUGCUCAUCCCCUGGUCCACCGUCGUCAAGCUCAAGCACAAGAUCCCCGAGAGCUCCAUCGGCGCCUUCGCCGACGAGGAGGACGACACGGGCAGCGACGAGGCCACGUCGUCCACGGAAACGGAAACAGAAACGGAGGAGGACUACCAGAACCGCAGCGGCGGCGGCGCUGCGGAGGAGGAGCGGGACGGUAGCAGCAGCAGCCUCAUGCCGGCGUGCAGCGCGAGGGAGUACUUCGUGGCCAGGGACCGGUGGUCGGCGUGCCGCUUCAGGAGGCUGGUGGAGCAGGGCCUGGCCGUGGAGCCGAGCAGAGACGAUGAGCCGCAGCCGGACCGGAGGAAGGGCAAGGCAAGGAAGAAGCAGGGGAUGAAGAAGAAGAAGAGCACGGGGUGUAAGAAGCGGAGAGAGCGUCGUCCAGCCGCUGGGCCGGCGGCGGCGGCGGGGUUGAGGGCGUUCGUGACGCCGAGGAGGAGGACGUGGGAGCCCAGCCUGCCGUCGGUGGAGGAGGAGGAGAACGCCGUCUCUCCCGUCGAGUCUCCUGCAGCAUCCUCCGGAGGAUCGGAGUCGGAGUUGUUCCCAACCCAUGAUGAUCAUGCGUGAUUCAGGAGCAGUAAGUUGUUGCACAUAGUUAGUUAGUCCCCAUCUAUCACAGACCUUGUGUGUCCUGGUCCGUCCGUAUGUGCAUUUUCCCUUGGUCGAUCAGAAUAGUAUAUGUUCCACGACCUUGUUGUGAUCGAUCUUGUUGAGUUGUUGGUGUCUUGUGCUUUGAUGUUGUCGUGGCAAUGCAUUUUUUAGUUUACCGCCC